AUGGGCAAGCUCACCUCCACGAUCGGCAUCCCGAUCAAGCUCCUCAACGAGGCGCAGGGCCAUGUUGUGACAAUUGAGAUCACAUCCGGAGUUGUCUACCGGGGGAAACUCCUGGAAGCUGAGGACAACAUGAACGUCCAGCUCAAGGACAUCACCGUCACCGCUCGCGAUGGCCGAGUCUCCCAUCUCGACCAGGUAUACAUUCGCGGCAGCCAUGUGCGAUUCUUUAUUGUGCCUGACAUGCUCCGUAAUGCUCCCAUGUUCCGUACACGAGGCCAGCGCGGGCGCGGUGUCGGUUUGGCGCGUGGUAAGGCUACAGUGCAGCGUGCGCGUGGCCAGCGCGGCCGGGGUUAGAUGUUAUGUGGAAGAGAUGAAAUCGCAGUUUCAAGGCCUCACAAAUUCAAGAGUGGUUGGCGUUUUUCUUUGUUUUCUUGGUUCUUAGGGGAUUUCUUUUUCGGGCUUUGAUCUUGCGAAGUCUUAAAAUAUCGGCUGGCAUUUGUUCUUGUAGAUGCUUUGUCAGAGCACCAUUGAAUUUAUGAAUCAAUACCCG